GCUGCCGAAUUCUACGAAGGGGACAGCCUUUCCAGUGAACCUGUUACAGUACGUAUCCCACCUGGUGGGGUAGCUUGUGACUGCGCCCAUGCUUGUACAUUCGAAGAGCAGGAUGAUGGAACAGUAACGUCGAAAUGCUACUGCCACAGUGGCUUUACGUUAGCCAGUGAUCAAAAGUCGUGUGAGCCUUCCACCGAAGCACCAACAGCAUACACAAUUGUUAGAGUAACUCCUCCUGCAUUCGCAACGGAAGUGCAGCCGGAAGAAAUAUCGUCGACCGGCCCGAGCGCAUCACCGCUGCCAACUGGAGCUGACGGCAGAACUUUGGAAUUUGAAGAAAUCAGGUCAACCGUGCGACCAACGGACUCAAGUGGGCGCGAACUUCCGCUAGUCGUCGGACCAGACGGCGUGCCGCUCAGUGUGAAUGCUGACGGAGAACUUGUCGAUAACAACAACAGCCCUAUUAUUAUUGAAGAUGGAGAACCACGAGAUCCUUUUGGCAAUCCACUGCCUCGCAAUAAGGAUGGAGCUUGGGUAUAUCCUCUUGUAGACAAAAGUGGCAAACCACUACCUGUCGAUGAGAACAACAUGCCAAAAAUUACUGUCGUAGCGGCUGACGGGGGUGACAUUACUGUGGAUGAGAACGGGAAUCUGAUUACGUCAGACGGUCGCGUGAUCCCAACCGAUGUUAUUGGAAGACCACUUGAUGAACAUGGAGAGCCAUACGAAAUUAAUGAAGAGGGGCAAUUUGUAGUAGAAUCGAUAGAUACUGAACCUGCAAUUGAAGAAGAGGAGAGGCCGAGCAUUCCUCUACUGACAGUAGAUGGAGAGCCAUUAACAGUUGACGAGAGUGGGCAUUUUGUUGACUCAUCAGGUGCAAUUAUUCCCACGAACGAGGACGGAAUACCAGUCGAUGAAUAUGGAAGGCCACUCAAAAAGAACAAAUAUGGGAAGUACAUUCUGCCGUCGAGGAAAGAUGCAUCUACUCAAACAGAUAUGUUACCACAUCCUACGGAUGAGAGCGGAAAUAUAAUAUACCCCAUUAAGAAACCAGACGGAUCGCUGCUUCCAACAGAUGCAACCGGAAACUACAUUACUGAAGACGGAUCACUUGUCGAGCGAGAUGAGGAGGGAAGACCUGUGGGACCAGGGGGCGAGGUUUUACCGACGGACGAUUCUGGAAGUUACAUAUAUCCUGCAUUGGGACCCGAUGGAAGUCCGCUUCCUACUGAUGAGCACAAGCGACCCAUUCAUCCGGUUCUUGGACCUGACGGAUCGCCUCUUCCUACUGAUGACUCGGAUGGUAGACCCAUACCGACUGAUCGCAGUGGAGUUCCAUUGGACAAAGAUGGAGAACCUCUGCCAACUGACAGUAGCGGACAUUACGUCACAGUGCCACGGGAAGAAGCUGCUAGCAAGGAGCUGCCUACAGAUGAGAGCGGAAACGUCAUUUAUCCCGUAACGAAGCCGGACGGAUCACCUCUGCCUACUGAUUCUUCCGGAAACUACGUCACUGACGAAGGAACCGAUCAUCGAAGAAAGAUGAGGAAGGACGUCCUCUUGGACCAGACGGGCAAGUUCUACCAACAGAUGACACAGGAAACUUCAUAUACCCAGUCCUCGGACCUGAUGGUAGUCCACUUCCUACUGAUGAGCACAAGCGACCCAUUCAUCCGGUUCUUGGACCUGACGGAUCGCCUCUUCCAACUGAUGACUCGGGUCAUCCUCUUCGGAGAAGAUGGUAGACCUAUACCAACUGAUCGCAGUGGAGUUCCACUGGACAAAGAUGGAGAACCUCUGCCAACUGACAGUAGCGGACAUUACGUCACAGUGCCACGGGAAGAAGCUGCUAGCAAGGAGCUGCCUACAGAUGAGAGCGGAAACGUCAUUUAUCCCGUAACGAAGCCGGACGGAUCACCUCUGCCUACUGAUUCUUCCGGAAACUACGUCACUGACGAAGGAACCGAUCAUCGAAGAAAGAUGAGGAAGGACGUCCUCUUGGACCAGACGGGCAAGUUCUACCAACAGAUGACACAGGAAACUUCAUAUACCCAGUCCUCGGACCUGAUGGUAGUCCACUUCCUACUGAUGAGCACAAGCGACCCAUUCAUCCGGUUCUUGGACCUGACGGAUCGCCUCUUCCUACUGAUGACUCGGGUCAUCCUCUUCGGAGAAGAUGGUAGACCUAUACCAACUGAUCGCAGUGGAGUUCCACUGGACAAAGAUGGAGAACCUCUGCCAACUGACAGUAGCGGACAUUACGUCACAGUGCCACGGGAAGAAGCUGCUAGCAAGGAGCUGCCUACAGAUGAGAGCGGAAACGUCAUUUAUCCCGUAACGAAGCCGGACGGAUCUCCUCUGCCUACUGAUUCUUCCGGAAACUACGUCACUGACGAAGGAACGAUCAUCGAGAAAGAUGAGGAGGGACGUCCUCUUGGACCAGACGGGCAAGUUCUACCAACAGAUGACACAGGAAACUUCAUAUACCCAGUCCUCGGACCUGAUGGUAGUCCACUUCCUACUGAUGAGCACAAGCGACCCAUUCAUCCGGUUCUUGGACCUGACGGAUCGCCUCUUCCCACUGAUGACUCGGGUCAUCCUCUCGGAGAAGAUGGUAGACCUAUACCAACUGAUCGCAGUGGAGUUCCACUGGACAAAGAUGGAGAACCUCUGCCAACUGACAGUAGCGGACAUUACGUCACAGUGCCACGGGAAGAAGCUGCUAGCAAGGAGCUGCCUACAGAUGAGAGCGGAAACGUCAUUUAUCCCGUAACGAAGCCGGACGGAUCUCCUCUGCCUACUGAUUCUUCCGGAAACUACGUCACUGACGAAGGAACGAUCAUCGAGAAAGAUGAGGAGGGACGUCCUCUUGGACCAGACGGGCAAGUUCUACCAACAGAUGACACAGGAAACUUCAUAUACCCAGUCCUCGGACCUGAUGGUAGUCCACUUCCUACUGAUGAGCACAAGCGACCCAUUCAUCCGGUUCUUGGACCUGACGGAUCGCCUCUUCCUACUGAUGACUCGGGUCAUCCUCUCGGAGAAGAUGGUAGACCUAUACCAACUGAUCGCAGUGGAGUUCCACUGGACAAAGAUGGAGAACCUCUGCCAACUGACAGUAGCGGACAUUACGUCACAGUGCCACGGGAAGAAGCUGCUAGCAAGGAGCUGCCUACAGAUGAGAGCGGAAACGUCAUUUAUCCCGUAACGAAGCCGGACGGAUCUCCUCUGCCUACUGAUUCUUCCGGAAACUACGUCACUGACGAAGGAACGAUCAUCGAGAAAGAUGAGGAGGGACGUCCUCUUGGACCAGACGGGCAAGUUCUUCCAACAGAUGAGACAGGAACGUUCAUUUAUAUCUCAGAAGACAGAGGAGUAACACCCGUUUCCGAAGAAAUGCGUUGCUCUCCAAAGGAUCCCCCGACAGAAACUGUGCUAUUUGUUGUUGAAAGCUCUCAACAAAGUACAGAUUAUCUCGGUUCAAUUAGGAAUUUACUCAAAUCAUUCUUAAGUUCCUUACCUGAGGAAAGCUUCCCUAAGAUUGGAAAGCUGAUUUAUGGUGCUACGACAGAAGUCACUAUUGACAUAGGACAUUACAAAGAUAGAGAAGAGCUGGUGGCUUCAUUCGAUGAGAUCAGAGAAGUAGGAGGUGUACCCGAUGCGAAGCUAGCUCUGGAAAUUGCUCAUCAACUCCUGAUGGAGGAAGAACGUGGAGCAACUGUUGUCCUUCAUUUCUACGUGACGCCAAUGAGAAAGAAGGACAAACUGAUGGCUGAGCGAAUGCGAAAGAGUGGUGUGAAACUCUUUCAUCUUGAUGAGAAGGAUUGGUCUCUACGUGAUCCGUCAGCAUUGCACAAUUUUGUGUGCUUGAAAAAAGAACCAGUGGUGUUGUUGAAGAGACCGGAUGGAUCACCUCUGCCUACGGACACUUCUGGAAACUUUGUCACAGAUGAAGGGACCAUCAUCGAAAAAGACGAGGAAGGCCGUCCUCUUGGACCUGACGGGCAAGUUCUGCCAACGGAUGACGCAGGAAACUUUAUCUACCCUGCGGUUGGACCUGAUGGAAGUCCGCUUCCAACUGAUGAGCAUAAGCGACCCAUUCACCCAAUUCUUGGACCUGACGGGUCUCCUCUUCCAACUGACGAUUCGGGUCACCCUCUUGGAGCAGACGGUAAACCCAUACCGACUGAUCGCAGUGGUGUUCCAUUGGACAAAGAUGGGGAACCAUUGCCUACUGACAGCAGUGGGCAUUAUGUCACUGUUCCACGAGAAGAGGCCGUAAGCAAAGAACUGCCUACGGACGAAAGCGGAAACGUUAUCCAUCCAGUGACAAAGCCCGAUGGAUCACCUCUGCCUACUGACACUUCUGGAAACUUUGUCACAGAUGAAGGGACCAUCAUCGAAAAAGACGAGGAAGGCCGUCCUCUUGGACCUGACGGGCAAGUUCUGCCAACGGAUGACGCAGGAAACUUUAUCUACCCUGCGGUUGGACCUGAUGGAAGUCCGCUUCCAACUGAUGAGCAUAAGCGACCCAUUCACCCAAUUCUUGGACCUGACGGGUCUCCUCUUCCAACUGACGAUUCGGGUCACCCUCUUGGAGCAGACGGUAAACCCAUACCGACUGAUCGCAGUGGUGUUCCAUUGGACAAAGAUGGGGAACCAUUGCCUACUGACAGCAGUGGGCAUUAUGUCACUGUUCCACGAGAAGAGGCCGUAAGCAAAGAACUGCCUACGGACGAAAGCGGAAACGUUAUCCAUCCAGUGACAAAGCCCGAUGGAUCACCUCUGCCUACUGACACUUCUGGAAACUUUGUCACAGAUGAAGGGACCAUCAUCGAAAAAGACGAGGAAGGCCGUCCUCUUGGACCUGACGGGCAAGUUCUGCCAACGGAUGACGCAGGAAACUUUAUCUACCCUGCGGUUGGACCUGAUGGAAGUCCGCUUCCAACUGAUGAGCAUAAGCGACCCAUUCACCCAAUUCUUGGACCUGACGGGUCUCCUCUUCCAACUGACGAUUCGGGUCACCCUCUUGGAGCAGACGGUAAACCCAUACCGACUGAUCGCAGUGGUGUUCCAUUGGACAAAGAUGGGGAACCAUUGCCUACUGACAGCAGUGGGCAUUAUGUCACUGUUCCACGAGAAGAGGCCGUAAGCAAAGAACUGCCUACGGACGAAAGCGGAAACGUUAUCCAUCCAGUGACAAAGCCCGAUGGAUCACCUCUGCCUACUGACACUUCUGGAAACUUUGUCACAGAUGAAGGGACCAUCAUCGAAAAAGACGAGGAAGGCCGUCCUCUUGGACCUGACGGGCAAGUUCUGCCAACGGAUGACGCAGGAAACUUUAUCUACCCUGCGGUUGGACCUGAUGGAAGUCCGCUUCCAACUGAUGAGCAUAAGCGACCCAUUCACCCAAUUCUUGGACCUGACGGGUCUCCUCUUCCAACUGACGAUUCGGGUCACCCUCUUGGAGCAGACGGUAAACCCAUACCGACUGAUCGCAGUGGUGUUCCAUUGGACAAAGAUGGGGAACCAUUGCCUACUGACAGCAGUGGGCAUUAUGUCACUGUUCCACGAGAAGAGGCCGUAAGCAAAGAACUGCCUACGGACGAAAGCGGAAACGUUAUCCAUCCAGUGACAAAGCCCGAUGGAUCACCUCUGCCUACUGACACUUCUGGAAACUUUGUCACAGAUGAAGGGACCAUCAUCGAAAAAGACGAGGAAGGCCGUCCUCUUGGACCUGACGGGCAAGUUCUGCCAACGGAUGACGCAGGAAACUUUAUCUACCCUGCGGUUGGACCUGAUGGAAGUCCGCUUCCAACUGAUGAGCAUAAGCGACCCAUUCACCCAAUUCUUGGACCUGACGGGUCUCCUCUUCCAACUGACGAUUCGGGUCACCCUCUUGGAGCAGACGGUAAACCCAUACCGACUGAUCGCAGUGGUGUUCCAUUGGACAAAGAUGGGGAACCAUUGCCUACUGACAGCAGUGGGCAUUAUGUCACUGUUCCACGAGAAGAGGCCGUAAGCAAAGAACUGCCUACGGACGAAAGCGGAAACGUUAUCCAUCCAGUGACAAAGCCCGAUGGAUCACCUCUGCCUACUGACACUUCUGGAAACUUUGUCACAGAUGAAGGGACCAUCAUCGAAAAAGACGAGGAAGGCCGUCCUCUUGGACCUGACGGGCAAGUUCUGCCAACGGAUGACGCAGGAAACUUUAUCUACCCUGCGGUUGGACCUGAUGGAAGUCCGCUUCCAACUGAUGAGCAUAAGCGACCCAUUCACCCAAUUCUUGGACCUGACGGGUCUCCUCUUCCAACUGACGAUUCGGGUCACCCUCUUGGAGCAGACGGUAAACCCAUACCGACUGAUCGCAGUGGUGUUCCAUUGGACAAAGAUGGGGAACCAUUGCCUACUGACAGCAGUGGGCAUUAUGUCACUGUUCCACGAGAAGAGGCCGUAAGCAAAGAACUGCCUACGGACGAAAGCGGAAACGUUAUCCAUCCAGUGACAAAGCCCGAUGGAUCACCUCUGCCUACUGACACUUCUGGAAACUUUGUCACAGAUGAAGGGACCAUCAUCGAAAAAGACGAGGAAGGCCGUCCUCUUGGACCUGACGGGCAAGUUCUGCCAACGGAUGACGCAGGAAACUUUAUCUACCCUGCGGUUGGACCUGAUGGAAGUCCGCUUCCAACUGAUGAGCAUAAGCGACCCAUUCACCCAAUUCUUGGACCUGACGGGUCUCCUCUUCCAACUGACGAUUCGGGUCACCCUCUUGGAGCAGACGGUAAACCCAUACCGACUGAUCGCAGUGGUGUUCCAUUGGACAAAGAUGGGGAACCAUUGCCUACUGACAGCAGUGGGCAUUAUGUCACUGUUCCACGAGAAGAGGCCGUAAGCAAAGAACUGCCUACGGACGAAAGCGGAAACGUUAUCCAUCCAGUGACAAAGCCCGAUGGAUCACCUCUGCCUACUGACACUUCUGGAAACUUUGUCACAGAUGAAGGGACCAUCAUCGAAAAAGACGAGGAAGGCCGUCCUCUUGGACCUGACGGGCAAGUUCUGCCAACGGAUGACGCAGGAAACUUUAUCUACCCUGCGGUUGGACCUGAUGGAAGUCCGCUUCCAACUGAUGAGCAUAAGCGACCCAUUCACCCAAUUCUUGGACCUGACGGGUCUCCUCUUCCAACUGACGAUUCGGGUCACCCUCUUGGAGCAGACGGUAAACCCAUACCGACUGAUCGCAGUGGUGUUCCAUUGGACAAAGAUGGGGAACCAUUGCCUACUGACAGCAGUGGGCAUUAUGUCACUGUUCCACGAGAAGAGGCCGUAAGCAAAGAACUGCCUACGGACGAAAGCGGAAACGUUAUCCAUCCAGUGACAAAGCCCGAUGGAUCACCUCUGCCUACUGACACUUCUGGAAACUUUGUCACAGAUGAAGGGACCAUCAUCGAAAAAGACGAGGAAGGCCGUCCUCUUGGACCUGACGGGCAAGUUCUGCCAACGGAUGACGCAGGAAACUUUAUCUACCCUGCGGUUGGACCUGAUGGAAGUCCGCUUCCAACUGAUGAGCAUAAGCGACCCAUUCACCCAAUUCUUGGACCUGACGGGUCUCCUCUUCCAACUGACGAUUCGGGUCACCCUCUUGGAGCAGACGGUAAACCCAUACCGACUGAUCGCAGUGGUGUUCCAUUGGACAAAGAUGGGGAACCAUUGCCUACUGACAGCAGUGGGCAUUAUGUCACUGUUCCACGAGAAGAGGCCGUAAGCAAAGAACUGCCUACGGACGAAAGCGGAAACCCCGAUGGAUCACCUCUGCCUACUGACACUUCUGGAAACUUUGUCACAGAUGAAGGGACCAUCAUCGAAAAAGACGAGGAAGGCCGUCCUCUUGGACCUGACGGGCAAGUUCUGCCAACGGAUGACGCAGGAAACUUUAUCUACCCUGCGGUUGGACCUGAUGGAAGUCCGCUUCCAACUGAUGAGCAUAAGCGACCCAUUCACCCAAUUCUUGGACCUGACGGGUCUCCUCUUCCAACUGACGAUUCGGGUCACCCUCUUGGAGCAGACGGUAAACCCAUACCGACUGAUCGCAGUGGUGUUCCAUUGGACAAAGAUGGGGAACCAUUGCCUACUGACAGCAGUGGGCAUUAUGUCACUGUUCCACGAGAGAGAGGCCGUAAGCAAAGAACUGCCUACGGACGAAAGCGGAAACUGACAAAGCCCGAUGGAUCACCUCUGCCUACUGACACUUCUGGAAACUUUGUCACAGAUGAAGGGACCAUCAUCGAAAAAGACGAGGAAGGCCGUCCUCUUGGACCUGACGGGCAAGUUCUGCCAACGGAUGACGCAGGAAACUUUAUCUACCCUGCGGUUGGACCUGAUGGAAGUCCGCUUCCAACUGAUGAGCAUAAGCGACCCAUUCACCCAAUUCUUGGACCUGACGGGUCUCCUCUUCCAACUGACGAUUCGGGUCACCCUCUUGGAGCAGACGGUAAACCCAUACCGACUGAUCGCAGUGGUGUUCCAUUGGACAAAGAUGGGGAACCAUUGCCUACUGACAGCAGUGGGCAUUAUGUCACUGUUCCACGAGAAGAGGCCGUAAGCAAAGAACUGCCUACGGACGAAAGCGGAAACGUUAUCCAUCCAGUGACAAAGCCCGAUGGAUCACCUCUGCCUACUGACACUUCUGGAAACUUUGUCACAGAUGAAGGGACCAUCAUCGAAAAAGACGAGGAAGGCCGUCCUCUUGGACCUGACGGGCAAGUUCUGCCAACGGAUGACGCAGGAAACUUUAUCUACCCUGCGGUUGGACCUGAUGGAAGUCCGCUUCCAACUGAUGAGCAUAAGCGACCCAUUCACCCAAUUCUUGGACCUGACGGGUCUCCUCUUCCAACUGACGAUUCGGGUCACCCUCUUGGAGCAGACGGUAAACCCAUACCGACUGAUCGCAGUGGUGUUCCAUUGGACAAAGAUGGGGAACCAUUGCCUACUGACAGCAGUGGGCAUUAUGUCACUGUUCCACGAGAAGAGGCCGUAAGCAAAGAACUGCCUACGGACGAAAGCGGAAACGUUAUCCAUCCAGUGACAAAGCCCGAUGGAUCACCUCUGCCUACUGACACUUCUGGAAACUUUGUCACAGAUGAAGGGACCAUCAUCGAAAAAGACGAGGAAGGCCGUCCUCUUGGACCUGACGGGCAAGUUCUGCCAACGGAUGACGCAGGAAACUUUAUCUACCCUGCGGUUGGACCUGAUGGAAGUCCGCUUCCAACUGAUGAGCAUAAGCGACCCAUUCACCCAAUUCUUGGACCUGACGGGUCUCCUCUUCCAACUGACGAUUCGGGUCACCCUCUUGGAGCAGACGGUAAACCCAUACCGACUGAUCGCAGUGGUGUUCCAUUGGACAAAGAUGGGGAACCAUUGCCUACUGACAGCAGUGGGCAUUAUGUCACUGUUCCACGAGAAGAGGCCGUAAGCAAAGAACUGCCUACGGACGAAAGCGGAAACCCCGAUGGAUCACCUCUGCCUACUGACACUUCUGGAAACUUUGUCACAGAUGAAGGGACCAUCAUCGAAAAAGACGAGGAAGGCCGUCCUCUUGGACCUGACGGGCAAGUUCUGCCAACGGAUGACGCAGGAAACUUUAUCUACCCUGCGGUUGGACCUGAUGGAAGUCCGCUUCCAACUGAUGAGCAUAAGCGACCCAUUCACCCAAUUCUUGGACCUGACGGGUCUCCUCUUCCAACUGACGAUUCGGGUCACCCUCUUGGAGCAGACGGUAAACCCAUACCGACUGAUCGCAGUGGUGUUCCAUUGGACAAAGAUGGGGAACCAUUGCCUACUGACAGCAGUGGGCAUUAUGUCACUGUUCCACGAGAAGAGGCCGUAAGCAAAGAACUGCCUACGGACGAAAGCGGAAACGUUAUCCAUCCAGUGACAAAGCCCGAUGGAUCACCUCUGCCUACUGACACUUCUGGAAACUUUGUCACAGAUGAAGGGACCAUCAUCGAAAAAGACGAGGAAGGCCGUCCUCUUGGACCUGACGGGCAAGUUCUGCCAACGGAUGACGCAGGAAACUUUAUCUACCCUGCGGUUGGACCUGAUGGAAGUCCGCUUCCAACUGAUGAGCAUAAGCGACCCAUUCACCCAAUUCUUGGACCUGACGGGUCUCCUCUUCCAACUGACGAUUCGGGUCACCCUCUUGGAGCAGACGGUAAACCCAUACCGACUGAUCGCAGUGGUGUUCCAUUGGACAAAGAUGGGGAACCAUUGCCUACUGACAGCAGUGGGCAUUAUGUCACUGUUCCACGAGAAGAGGCCGUAAGCAAAGAACUGCCUACGGACGAAAGCGGAAACGUUAUCCAUCCAGUGACAAAGCCCGAUGGAUCACCUCUGCCUACUGACACUUCUGGAAACUUUGUCACAGAUGAAGGGACCAUCAUCGAAAAAGACGAGGAAGGCCGUCCUCUUGGACCUGACGGGCAAGUUCUGCCAACGGAUGACGCAGGAAACUUUAUCUACCCUGCGGUUGGACCUGAUGGAAGUCCGCUUCCAACUGAUGAGCAUAAGCGACCCAUUCACCCAAUUCUUGGACCUGACGGGUCUCCUCUUCCAACUGACGAUUCGGGUCACCCUCUUGGAGCAGACGGUAAACCCAUACCGACUGAUCGCAGUGGUGUUCCAUUGGACAAAGAUGGGGAACCAUUGCCUACUGACAGCAGUGGGCAUUAUGUCACUGUUCCACGAGAAGAGGCCGUAAGCAAAGAACUGCCUACGGACGAAAGCGGAAACGUUAUCCAUCCAGUGACAAAGCCCGAUGGAUCACCUCUGCCUACUGACACUUCUGGAAACUUUGUCACAGAUGAAGGGACCAUCAUCGAAAAAGACGAGGAAGGCCGUCCUCUUGGACCUGACGGGCAAGUUCUGCCAACGGAUGACGCAGGAAACUUUAUCUACCCUGCGGUUGGACCUGAUGGAAGUCCGCUUCCAACUGAUGAGCAUAAGCGACCCAUUCACCCAAUUCUUGGACCUGACGGGUCUCCUCUUCCAACUGACGAUUCGGGUCACCCUCUUGGAGCAGACGGUAAACCCAUACCGACUGAUCGCAGUGGUGUUCCAUUGGACAAAGAUGGGGAACCAUUGCCUACUGACAGCAGUGGGCAUUAUGUCACUGUUCCACGAGAAGAGGCCGUAAGCAAAGAACUGCCUACGGACGAAAGCGGAAACGUUAUCCAUCCAGUGACAAAGCCCGAUGGAUCACCUCUGCCUACUGACACUUCUGGAAACUUUGUCACAGAUGAAGGGACCAUCAUCGAAAAAGACGAGGAAGGCCGUCCUCUUGGACCUGACGGGCAAGUUCUGCCAACGGAUGACGCAGGAAACUUUAUCUACCCUGCGGUUGGACCUGAUGGAAGUCCGCUUCCAACUGAUGAGCAUAAGCGACCCAUUCACCCAAUUCUUGGACCUGACGGGUCUCCUCUUCCAACUGACGAUUCGGGUCACCCUCUUGGAGCAGACGGUAAACCCAUACCGACUGAUCGCAGUGGUGUUCCAUUGGACAAAGAUGGGGAACCAUUGCCUACUGACAGCAGUGGGCAUUAUGUCACUGUUCCACGAGAAGAGGCCGUAAGCAAAGAACUGCCUACGGACGAAAGCGGAAACGUUAUCCAUCCAGUGACAAAGCCCGAUGGAUCACCUCUGCCUACUGACACUUCUGGAAACUUUGUCACAGAUGAAGGGACCAUCAUCGAAAAAGACGAGGAAGGCCGUCCUCUUGGACCUGACGGGCAAGUUCUGCCAACGGAUGACGCAGGAAACUUUAUCUACCCUGCGGUUGGACCUGAUGGAAGUCCGCUUCCAACUGAUGAGCAUAAGCGACCCAUUCACCCAAUUCUUGGACCUGACGGGUCUCCUCUUCCAACUGACGAUUCGGGUCACCCUCUUGGAGCAGACGGUAAACCCAUACCGACUGAUCGCAGUGGUGUUCCAUUGGACAAAGAUGGGGAACCAUUGCCUACUGACAGCAGUGGGCAUUAUGUCACUGUUCCACGAGAAGAGGCCGUAAGCAAAGAACUGCCUACGGACGAAAGCGGAAACGUUAUCCAUCCAGUGACAAAGCCCGAUGGAUCACCUCUGCCUACUGACACUUCUGGAAACUUUGUCACAGAUGAAGGGACCAUCAUCGAAAAAGACGAGGAAGGCCGUCCUCUUGGACCUGACGGGCAAGUUCUGCCAACGGAUGACGCAGGAAACUUUAUCUACCCUGCGGUUGGACCUGAUGGAAGUCCGCUUCCAACUGAUGAGCAUAAGCGACCCAUUCACCCAAUUCUUGGACCUGACGGGUCUCCUCUUCCAACUGACGAUUCGGGUCACCCUCUUGGAGCAGACGGUAAACCCAUACCGACUGAUCGCAGUGGUGUUCCAUUGGACAAAGAUGGGGAACCAUUGCCUACUGACAGCAGUGGGCAUUAUGUCACUGUUCCACGAGAAGAGGCCGUAAGCAAAGAACUGCCUACGGACGAAAGCGGAAACGUUAUCCAUCCAGUGACAAAGCCCGAUGGAUCACCUCUGCCUACUGACACUUCUGGAAACUUUGUCACAGAUGAAGGGACCAUCAUCGAAAAAGACGAGGAAGGCCGUCCUCUUGGACCUGACGGGCAAGUUCUGCCAACGGAUGACGCAGGAAACUUUAUCUACCCUGCGGUUGGACCUGAUGGAAGUCCGCUUCCAACUGAUGAGCAUAAGCGACCCAUUCACCCAAUUCUUGGACCUGACGGGUCUCCUCUUCCAACUGACGAUUCGGGUCACCCUCUUGGAGCAGACGGUAAACCCAUACCGACUGAUCGCAGUGGUGUUCCAUUGGACAAAGAUGGGGAACCAUUGCCUACUGACAGCAGUGGGCAUUAUGUCACUGUUCCACGAGAAGAGGCCGUAAGCAAAGAACUGCCUACGGACGAAAGCGGAAACGUUAUCCAUCCAGUGACAAAGCCCGAUGGAUCACCUCUGCCUACUGACACUUCUGGAAACUUUGUCACAGAUGAAGGGACCAUCAUCGAAAAAGACGAGGAAGGCCGUCCUCUUGGACCUGACGGGCAAGUUCUGCCAACGGAUGACGCAGGAAACUUUAUCUACCCUGCGGUUGGACCUGAUGGAAGUCCGCUUCCAACUGAUGAGCAUAAGCGACCCAUUCACCCAAUUCUUGGACCUGACGGGUCUCCUCUUCCAACUGACGAUUCGGGUCACCCUCUUGGAGCAGACGGUAAACCCAUACCGACUGAUCGCAGUGGUGUUCCAUUGGACAAAGAUGGGGAACCAUUGCCUACUGACAGCAGUGGGCAUUAUGUCACUGUUCCACGAGAAGAGGCCGUAAGCAAAGAACUGCCUACGGACGAAAGCGGAAACGUUAUCCAUCCAGUGACAAAGCCCGAUGGAUCACCUCUGCCUACUGACACUUCUGGAAACUUUGUCACAGAUGAAGGGACCAUCAUCGAAAAAGACGAGGAAGGCCGUCCUCUUGGACCUGACGGGCAAGUUCUGCCAACGGAUGACGCAGGAAACUUUAUCUACCCUGCGGUUGGACCUGAUGGAAGUCCGCUUCCAACUGAUGAGCAUAAGCGACCCAUUCACCCAAUUCUUGGACCUGACGGGUCUCCUCUUCCAACUGACGAUUCGGGUCACCCUCUUGGAGCAGACGGUAAACCCAUACCGACUGAUCGCAGUGGUGUUCCAUUGGACAAAGAUGGGGAACCAUUGCCUACUGACAGCAGUGGGCAUUAUGUCACUGUUCCACGAGAAGAGGCCGUAAGCAAAGAACUGCCUACGGACGAAAGCGGAAACGUUAUCCAUCCAGUGACAAAGCCCGAUGGAUCACCUCUGCCUACUGACACUUCUGGAAACUUUGUCACAGAUGAAGGGACCAUCAUCGAAAAAGACGAGGAAGGCCGUCCUCUUGGACCUGACGGGCAAGUUCUGCCAACGGAUGACGCAGGAAACUUUAUCUACCCUGCGGUUGGACCUGAUGGAAGUCCGCUUCCAACUGAUGAGCAUAAGCGACCCAUUCACCCAAUUCUUGGACCUGACGGGUCUCCUCUUCCAACUGACGAUUCGGGUCACCCUCUUGGAGCAGACGGUAAACCCAUACCGACUGAUCGCAGUGGUGUUCCAUUGGACAAAGAUGGGGAACCAUUGCCUACUGACAGCAGUGGGCAUUAUGUCACUGUUCCACGAGAAGAGGCCGUAAGCAAAGAACUGCCUACGGACGAAAGCGGAAACGUUAUCCAUCCAGUGACAAAGCCCGAUGGAUCACCUCUGCCUACUGACACUUCUGGAAACUUUGUCACAGAUGAAGGGACCAUCAUCGAAAAAGACGAGGAAGGCCGUCCUCUUGGACCUGACGGGCAAGUUCUGCCAACGGAUGACGCAGGAAACUUUAUCUACCCUGCGGUUGGACCUGAUGGAAGUCCGCUUCCAACUGAUGAGCAUAAGCGACCCAUUCACCCAAUUCUUGGACCUGACGGGUCUCCUCUUCCAACUGACGAUUCGGGUCACCCUCUUGGAGCAGACGGUAAACCCAUACCGACUGAUCGCAGUGGUGUUCCAUUGGACAAAGAUGGGGAACCAUUGCCUACUGACAGCAACGGGAAACCCAUACCGACUGAUCGCAGUGGUGUUCCAUUGGACAAAGAUGGGGAACCAUUGCCUACUGACAGCAGUGGGCAUUAUGUCACUGUUCCACGAGAAGAGGCCGUAAGCAAAGAACUGCCUACGGACGAAAGCGGAAACGUUAUCCAUCCAGUGACAAAGCCCGAUGGAUCACCUCUGCCUACUGACACUUCUGGAAACUUUGUCACAGAUGAAGGGACCAUCAUCGAAAAAGACGAGGAAGGCCGUCCUCUUGGACCUGACGGGCAAGUUCUGCCAACGGAUGACGCAGGAAACUUUAUCUACCCUGCGGUUGGACCUGAUGGAAGUCCGCUUCCAACUGAUGAGCAUAAGCGACCCAUCGGAGCUGAUGCA